GGCUUCUGGGUAGUCGUUGCUACGGCGAAAAGCUGCCGGUUUGUGUACAUCCGGGAACUUUGCAUUCCCCUCUCGGCUUCCAGGUUCAGUUGCCCCUUUCUAAAAUGGCGACCAUCACCGAGCUGAAAGCAGUUUUAAAAGAUACACUGGAGAAAAGAGGGGCUCUGGGGCAAAUAAAAGCAAGGAUCCGAGCGGAGGUGUUCAACGCGCUGGAUGACCAAACUGAACCCCGGCCACCAUUGUCCCAUGAAAAUCUUCUUAUCAACGAACUGAUCCGUGAAUACUUGGAAUUCAACAAGUACAAGUAUGCGGCGUCUGUUCUAACGGCAGAAUCUGGCCAGCCAGAAGUUCCCUUGGACAGAGACUUUCUGGUGAAGGAACUAAAUGUCGUUGAAGAUCCAAAAAGCAGAUCGGUGCCGCUUUUGUAUGGGAUUUUGGCCCAGCUGUUGGCUGCUGAUAAAGAAGAAAAGGGCCAGCAGACUUUCCCUGGAUCGUUGCCCUUGCAGGUGGCAAAGUGGAACUUUGGCAUGGCAGCGCACCAGAGGAGGCAAAUGGAUGCUGUUCCGGAGCCAGCCAGCAGCAGGCUGGAAGACCCAUCAGUUUUCCAGGGCAUGCUGAGAUGAAAUCACACUCUGUCGCUUCCUCGUCCAUGCUAGUUACCUGACCCAACACUUCUUAAUGUGUGAAGGGCCUUGGACGUGUGAAGGGCCUUGGACCUCCAUAUGGGUAAGGACCAGAGAAACUGCUGAUUUCUCAUAAACGUUGCCUGGGGCUAUGCAGGGGCAGCCCAAGAGUCGCCUGGGGGAGUGCCAAGGACUUCUUCAGGAGGUGAAAUGAGGCAGACAUUAACAUGCAGACGCAAGAACUUGAGAGAUUCGUCACUCCGGUGUUACUGCGGUUCAGCUGGGUUUCGGUUUCUGGUUUUGCAUUUGUGAAAAUACAGUUUUUGAAUAAAAGCUCAUUCAUUUUUAA